AUGAGUGCGAAGGAGGGUGCGGCGGCGAAAUGGGAUGAGUGCGUGUCCCCGGCAACGGAGGCCUGUAGACACUUCAGUAGACCACCGCCCUACCCAACGCCGUCGUCCGCGUGGAUCAAUCGUCUAGAGGAAGGGAACGUGCAUGAGACGGCUGCUGGACGUCAUGCCGUCGAGGGGAUGCGGGAAGCGCCUGUGUUGGGAUACCGUGCGAAACGGAGAGACCCCGUAUACCCUGAAAACUCGCAAAAUUGUACUGCCAAUGCAUUGGUAGAACUGGAAUGUAUUCUUAUGUACGUGGAGACUGUAACAAAAUCGCUUGCACAGCGCAGUCGUGUCCCAAUACCGUCCGAAUCUGUUCGGGUAAUAUCGACCUCGGUUGUGACUUCCCGCCGUCUUGUGAAUGCCGAGCAGCACGAUGGGGCACCGCAAUACUCGCUUGCCAUGGGUCUUCAUGACAGCGCAAACAGUCUACUCGGCUGUCUAGCUAAACUGGAGUAUAUGUCUCUCUUUCAAAAGAAUGAAUUGGACGACAUUGAGAGAAAAGUGAAUACAACUGCAGGGGACGUCAACAUCGCACUCGAUGCCAUGGUGUUGCGUUACACCACCCAUGAACUCUCGGACGUAAAGGAGUUUUUUCUUGGCAACCAGCCAACUAUUGAGGAGUGUCGUCGCAUGGUUCACGGCGUGUCACAAACGGCGCACCAGAUACUUCUUUUGCGCCGCGCCGUCGUUGGGCGCGAUCUGGCUUUAGCAAAAAAAUUGUUUAGUGAGCAUCAAACGGAGUAUCAAAAAAAGGGGGGCGUGACGCGUCUGCACAGCCCGUUUUUCACUUGGAUGGGGAAAAGGUGGUUUCCUGCCAUGGAGGCAUGGCGUCGUAUUGUUGCCCAGGCACACGAGCAAGCGGAGACCUCGGACGUUCUCUCUGCAAUCGCAAAAGGGCACCAGGAGACCUUCAGUCAAGUGGAUUUGAUCAGCGACAUCCUUCUUCCUGGCGAGACCCUCUCGGACCUGCUUCGGAAGGAAUUGGAUGAGCCUUUCUCACAUUUGGCAGAAUCCCUUAAAAAAACACGGCAUCACGUGGAGGCACUUCGUGUGGCAGUUGCAAAGCCACAAGUAGGGAAGCUUACGGAAUGUGUCUGUGCGGUUGAGGAACUUGUAGCGGCUGGUCGGGUAAGAUCGGUGGCUGAUCGCGAGCUAUUGAAGGAAGGCAAGCGGCUUAUCAUCCGCCUCCAGCAGGUAGAGAACGUGGAGGCGGCGUUGCGGUUGGCAGCUCAAGUAGGAGAGACCGUGUCUCUUUUUCGCACAAUAAAUCAUGCGAAUGAGAUUAUUCUUCAGCUUGGCAUCGCAGGGGACGCGGCCGCGACGAAGGAGAUUGUUGCACGCUGCAGCGCACUUCUUGAGGAGAUGAAAAGCAGCAAGGGGAUUCCACCCGCUGAACUCAUUGCAAGGCGUGUGGACGCGGCGUCCAUAACUGUGGCACAUGUGCCCUCGCAAAUAUGGUCAGCCAAGACGACAAUGGCGUAUCAAGCUGCAUGUCAGAGUCUUGCCGCCAACACGGCGCAGGAUCUUGCUCGUAUUAAUUUGGAGCGCGUUUUAAAAGGCGGGGAGGAUUGUCAGUUGAAUACGACAGGGAGCACGUUUGAUGACGCUAGCAACAUUUCCUUGAACAGUCAUUCGAUGCGGGUUGCAGCGGCAAAGGGUCCGUUCCCGAAGUUUAAGGGCGCCCGGGUAGCUGAUUUACGUACCGCGCUAAAACGUGCGAAUGAGUUGGGCCUGAAUGGGCAGUUGAUACAGGAUGGUGAGGCAGUUCUUCGCUCUGUUGAGGCGCUCAAGUUGAAGGUGCACUUUGACGCACAAUUGCGCGUGGUGUUGAUAGCAGACCCAGAAAACGCCACCUUUGAUGAGAUCUACAAGAAAGUCUCUGAACUCUGUAGCCGACAAGAGGGCGGCGGGGCGUCAAACUCAGCCGGGAGAAAACUGCGAUUGCGCUACCAAGAUAGCGACGGUGACUGCAUUUCUCUUCUCACGCAGGAGGACUGGGACGUGUUUGUGGGAGAAGAGGCUCCUAAUGGCGUUUGUGGUGCGAAGCUUGAAUUGUAUUGCGACUACAUGCAACUCCCACAUGCGCACGUCACAGACACAUUGAUAGAAACGCAGCCUGCCGUUGAAGAGGCACUGAGUUCCCCUGAGAAAGUGGCGGUGGAGUCGCAUGUGCAGACGUGUAUUAAAAAAACUAAUCCUCGAUCUGCACGUGCUACCCCACAACGUCGGAAUGUGGCAAACAAUGGUACGAGGUUUUUUCGUUCCCGCAGUGCGGCAGUGGGGCUGCGUCAUUCUGAAUUUUUAUUCCGGUACAGGACGCCACAGCGGACGAAUUUCCAUGAAUCGCGUGUGCAGAAACCGCAUAAAUUGCUGGAUGCGGUGGCAGAGCGAGAGGAUGCUGUAAACGUGGCGUCAGUGGGGGAGUCGUCUCAAACGACUGGACAGGAACGUGGCGGGGCGCCGGCAAAGGAUGCCCUUCCCGGCACAAAACCGGGGCUGAGUGGGCGGGGCCGUGUAAAUUCCCUGAGACUUAACUCCUCAUUAUCGUCAUCAACAAACAAACCGAAGCUUUUGAUCCCAAUUUACCAGGAAAAGAAAAGUCGGACUUUAACAAAGGCUGCCGUGACCGCCUCGUCCGCCGCUGGAAAUUGCGGGGGUGGUGGUGAUGCUACCGCUUCUACUUAUGCUACCACCUCUACCAAUCAAAUCACUCCCGUAUCCACGCCCACGCCUACCGCUACUUCCAGCGUCGUCACGAUGCCAACCAACACAAAUGACCAUAAAAACAAUGAGGCCACAGCUGCUGUGAAUACGACGCCGUCUGCUUCGCCGCCCAUAGAACUGGAGACGGUUAAGAAAUGGAAUGAUGACGAUGCUCCGCUUGAGUUGCGGACAGUGGUGUCAGCGGCGUCUACUUCAAAACGUGCUGUGAUCAGUGUCAAGGGUGGGGAGAAUUCCGUCAAGCAACUUGCAAAGAAACGCCUCGGUGGAGGAUUUACAGUGACCCCCUGUUCAAGGGGCAUUGGUAACUCUUCAAAGGCGGUGGGGACGGAUGGUGUACCUAAUAGCAACACCCCGAAUACCGCCAGUAUCACUGUUUUGGAGGAAAAGCGUGAGUGGAGUGCUGAAAUGUUUAUGCGGAGCGAUAUUUGCACGGUAGUGAGUGAGCAGACGAACCAACCGCCAUCUGUUACAAAUUGUGUAGGGAGGCAAAGGCCGACAAACGUGACAUCUCUUAUCAACACAACGCGUGUCGAUCCAGCAAUUGUACCGCCUUCAAAUGCUAGCAGCGUGAAGAAGAAGGCGGAGGUACUGCAGCAGCUACGGCACCUACGUGAGGAAAAUCAAAAGGCACUCAAAGCUGCUCUAAAUAGAAGAAGAACAGGAAAAUAA